AUGUUGUUAUGGCCCUCAAAUAAUGUAACAUCUUCUCAUGCUCCUCCCUAUAAUAAAAGACCAGUCCCCACGUAAUGUUCAAACAUAUAUGUUUUCUUAUUUGAAACAAAUAGCACUGUCUCAUUUUUUAUGACCUCCUCUCAUGCUCAAUCUUACCAGCCCCCUCUCCCCAAAAUAUAUGAGUAGUCGCUUAAGCAAAAACAUCAUUAAGAUGUGGGGCUAAGUUUACAGUGUAUGACACAAUGUAUCAUGAUGUGUCACUAUUUUUUCAGGAAAGUCCGUAAUUUGAGCAGAUUACGUAUUCCCACUUUGACUCAUUUCAGCCAACUGCUGUUUUCCUACUUUCACAAUCGUAACGGUUUGCCCAAAUUUCUUCCUUGUGAAUCCACAACCCUGAUUGUGUGUUCACUGUGAAAAUCAUACUGGUAUAAUGUUAACUAAAAGAGACGUAUUACAGAUUACGUGUGCUGGAUGGUAUCUUAUGUGAGUUUACUGGAGAACCGGCUGUGUCUUUGGCUUUUUUAAUUCAAGCUCUAUUUGCAAGGCUCACCACUCCGUCAUUCAUCAUGGACAUACUCCCUAAAGUUGUUGCUGCCACUGUACUUCUACUCAACAUAGUCGUGGGGAUCGGAGUUAUCUGCCUUGUUGCGUCAAGAGAGGGCCACGAUCAUAGGACGGAUACGCAUAUCAGCCAGUCGGAAAUAUUUAAGCAACGAUUUGAGCGGAUCUACGCUGAACAUUCGCAGAAAGCCUGGGACAAGUUCGCCACUGCAGGAACAGACAAGGGACAACCGAGUUCAUCUCCAGCCUUUCUGAAUCUGCUGAAACCCAUCGCAUAUUUCCCUGGACUUGACUUCACCGGCUAUACAGAAGUAGACACAUCUGAGGAAACUGCGAUUAGAAACUGGGUACCUUUUGUCGGACCUGGAAGACAACUUUUCUACAACGGGAUGAAGUAUAAGAAUGGCAGCAUCACUGUGCCCGCCACUGGAGUAUAUGCCGUAUAUAGCCACAUCAAGUUUUACACAGAAAAAAAUAAUCAUGACGAUCCUGAGUCUGAUUUUCAUCAUAAUAUAACACGGUACAGUGCACUGAAGCAAGAGGCAGAAACCGUAUUGAUGAAUGUCAUCAGCGAGAACAAAAUUAGCAUCAUUGAUGGAGCAAGUCUGGAGUACUCCAGUGAUGUUCAUGGAUUGGUGCAGCUGGUCGCUGGUGAUCAGCUGAUGGUGAAAGUAUCAGGGAUGAAUCCACUGAGACAUGACAGGGACUGGCAUUAUUUUGGAGUAUACAAGGCCUGACUUGACAAAAGAGUCCAUGCAUCUUUAGGGACCCCUGUUCGAACAGACCAAAGUAUCCAAAGCUAUUACUUGUGAUAGAUACAUUUCAAAUAAAACACUUCAGCGACCUUUACAGUCCUAAAUUUGAGUUUUGUUUCAAAUUCUCCGACCAUAUCUGAUGGUCUAUGUCACAACAUCUUGGGUUAGAUAAAGACAAGAAAUAGCUAACAUUACAAACAUCCUGAUAAAGUCAUACUGACAAGAAGCCGUAUUUGAAUAAGAUAUUCUUCACAUUAACUGCCCAACAAUUAUAUCCUUAUUUGCCAAAGUCGGCUGAUGUAGAUAAAUCUGUUUGGAUAUAACGUUAUCUCAUUGAUAAUAUAAUCUAAUCCAAUAUUUUACAUACUGAUUUGCUUGAAGUAGAGAUCGUCCCAACUCUCCUAGGGCUACCCUUUUGGUCGGGACCCGUGAAGAUUCCGGGGUAGAAUAGGUCUUCAGCAACCCAUGCUUGCCGUAAGAGGUGACUGUGCUUGUCAUACAAGGCGACUAACGGGAUCGGGUGGUCAGGCUCGCUGAC